AUGCUCUCAUCACCUUACUUCCCCUCAACCGAGGCAAAAUGUUCGUCUAAGAUAUUGAAGGUAUCGACAGUUCCAUCAAAUCCCACCUAUUUCGAGCUAUAUCGUGAAGUAUGUCAUCGGAAACCGUUGUUAAUACAAGAAAUCGUCGCUGGUGAUCCCUGGAAGCUGCUUGUUGCUGUAACGUUUCUGAAUAAAACUUCGGGUAAAAUUGCCAUCCCCGUAUUUUGGAAUGUCAUUGCAAGGUGGCCAACGCCUCUCAUGUUGUCUAGAGUGGAUGAGAACGAACUGAUUGAUGCCAUCCAACAUCUUGGAACGCAAAAUAUUCGGGCAAAGAGACUCGUACUUCUUUCCAGAGCUUAUCUACAAGAUCCUCCGUCUUUUUAUGAUCUUCGACCAUCAAAGCCGGGCGUGGUCACAUUGCAACUAACAAAGUCCACAGAGUCGUCGAUUAGACAGAAGACAAGAUACCCACCUACUCCCAUCUCUCACCUUCCAGGAACUGGCCCAUACGCACUUGACUCUUAUCGAAUCUUUUGCACGUUGCACCACGAUCCUUCAUCAAAUGAAUGGCAGAACGUUACACCGACUGACAAGGAACUUAUUCGGUUUCUGAAAUGGAAGUGGGCUGUGGCAGAACAUCGACAGUGGUCAGCGACAUCGGGACUUGGUGGAACCGCAACGACAGAGUAUCUUGUGUCGCUCAUAUCAGACCUGACGUCCCUAAACUAG